CUAAACAAAAGUAAAUGUGAGUUUGGUGUUCAGGAGAUCCUUUUCCUUGGAGACAAGCUGUCUGCACGUGGUGUCCAACCAGAUCAAGAAAAAAUAUGUGCAAUACAGAACAUGCCAAGGCCCACAGACAAAACCGGUGUGCUACGCAUCAUGGGGAUGGUCAAUUUUAUAGGUAAAUUCAUUCCCAAUUUGACAGCAAAGACAUCUUGCAUACGAGAGCUUCUGCACAAGGACUGUGAUUUUAAAUGGACAGUGAAACAUGAGCAUGAGUGGCAAAAACUCAAGAACACACUGACUACAGCACCUGUGUUGUCAUUUUAUGACCACACAAAGAGGAUAAAAGUGUCAACCGAUGCUUCCAAAGAUGGUAUUGGUGCCGUUCUACUCCAGGCUGAGGGUGAGCACUGGAAACCGGUAGCCUAUGCAUCUCGGGCUAUGACAAAAUCGGAAUGUCGGUACGCUCAGAUCGAAAAAGAAUGUUUGGGACUGGCAUAUGGUUUGGAGCGGUUUCAUAGCUAUGUGUACGGCCUGCCGUCCUUCACAGUUGAAACUGAUCACGACCGCUGGUUGCCAUCAUCAAAAAGAAUCUGAAUGAAAUGUCACCGCGGAUUCAACGGUUGAUGAUGAAAAUGCAAAGGUAUGAUUUUGAACUGAUAUAUACUCCAGGUAAACACCUAAUCCUUGCUGAUGCCCUAUCCAGAGCAACUACAGGCGACAGUGUGAGUGCAACAGAUGAGGACAUACAGUGUCAUGUGAACAUGGUGUCUGCUACACUGCCUGUGUCAGACACAAAGUCAAGACAAAUCGCUGAGGCUACAGCAACGGAUGCUGAGUUACAACAUGUCAUGAGGAACAUGGAUGAGGGAUGGCCGGCUGGCUCAUGUCCACUAUUUUAUCACGUCAGAGGUGAGCUCAGUACUGUGGAUGGACUGCUGUUGAAAAAGGGCAGAAUUGUUAUUCCACAGGCUUUGAGAAUGGACAUUUUGCACAGGAUACAUGAAGGCCAUCUCGGCAUUGAAAAAUGCAAAAGGAGGGCGAGAGAGUCGGUUUUCUGGCCCGGACUGAAUAAAGACAUUGAAACACUCAUAAAUAAAUGUGAAACAUGCCAGAAACACAGGAACAAGCAGAGCAAAGAGCCUAUGGUGGUUGCUGAGGUGCCAACCGCACCAUGGCACAAAGUAGGAAUGGACUUGUUUCAUCUCAGAGGUAAAGACUAUUUAGUGGUAGUAGAUUACUACUCAAACUUCCCUGAAAUGGCGCUACUAGCAGGCUUAACGUCAACUUGUGUAAUAACACAUGCUAAAUCUAUAUUCGCCAGGCAUGGCAUUCCACACACUGUAGUGAGCGACAACGGCCCAUGCUUCAGCAGCAAAGAAUGGCAGACGUUUGCGGUGCAAUAUGAUUUCCAGCAUGUGACGUCAAGCCCACAUUAUGCACAAUCAAACGGGCAAGCGGAAAAAGGAGUUCACAUUCUAAAGCAACUCCUAAAGAAAGCAGCUGACAGUGACUCGGAUCCGUAUCUGGCUUUAUUGAGCUACAGAGCAUCACCUCUUCAGUGCGGACUAUCACCAGCUGAACUGCUGAUGAAGAGGAAGCUACGAACAACCUUGCCGAGUCAUUCAAACAAUAUAAUAAAGCAAAAUAAUCCCUCAAAGAUUGAACAUAAACUACGACAACAGAAGAUGAUGCAAAAGUCAUUUUAUGACAAAACAACCAAGCGUCUUCCUCCACUGACUACCAACAACACAGUCAGGAUUGAGGAUACUGAUGGAUGGAGUACAAAAGCAACAGUCCUGCAAGAAGUUGCUCCAAGAUCGUACACGGUGAGAACUGAUGAUGGACAAAUCCUCAGACGCAAUCGUCGCAGUCUGUUGAAGACUCCUCAAGGGACUGUUGACGUCCAGCAGCUCCCCCACAUUAAAGAGGAAGAGGAGGAAGUGUGGAUCACUCAGGAGGAAGAGUGUCUUCUAGGGCAGGAGGAGGCUGAUCUCACCAAGUUUCCACUGACUGUUGUCUCUGUGAAGACUGAAGACCAUGAAGACAAACCACCUGAGUCCUCACAGCUUCAUCACAGUCCAAAUGUCCGUGAAGAACAUCUUCUCCCUGAGAAACAGGAGUGGAGCUUCAGGAUGGAGCAGGAGGAGCCACAGCCCUCCUACAUUAAAGAGGAAGAUGAGACGCCACAAACCCCUCACAUGAAAAUGGAAGAGGAGGAACACAGCAUCAGUCAGGAGGGAGAACAUCUUGAAGGACUGGAGGAGUUCCCAGUGAUUGGUGUCCCUGUGAAGAGUGAAGAUAAUGAGGUCAAAUGGUUGGAGGAGUUCCCAGUGAUUGGUGUGAUUGUGAAGAGUGAAGAUGAUGAGGUCAAAGGUGAAAGUGAGGAGCAGAGAGAGGCGGAGCCUCCAAGCAGCAGCUCAACAGAAGCUGAUGGAGACCACUGUAGAGGAUCACAAGCAGACAAGCUCUUAGCUCCACUAUCAGAUAGUGAGGACACAACGUCACACUCUCCUGACACUGAUGAUGAAGACUCUAAAGAUGAUAAGACAUGUCACACUGACAACACACACUUCACAUGUUCUCACUGCGACAAAACCUUUAAUUACCAUUGUCAUUUGAAAGUACACAUGAGAAUACACACCGGAGAAAAAACAUUCAUGUGCUCGGUUUGUAGUAAAGCAUUUUCUCGGAGGGGAACUUUGAUAAGACACACGAGAACACACACUGGGGAAAAACCUUUUAUUUGUUCAGUCUGUGGUAAAGGUUUUGUCCAAAAUCAAGAUUUGAAAGUACACACGAGAACGCACACUGGCGAAAAACCGUAUUCCUGUUCAAGCUGCAAAAGAGACUUUGCUGACCGAUCAGCGCUCGUGGCACACAUGAGAACACACACCGGGGUAAAAACAUUCACGUGCUCACUGUGUAGUAAAAGAUUCUGUCGGAACCAACAAUUGAAAAUACACAUGAGGAUACACACUGGAGAAAAACCUUUUAUCUGUUCAUUCUGCGACAGAGGUUUUGUACAAAGUCAACAUUUGAAAGUACACUUGAGAGCGCACACUGGUGAAAAACCAUAUUCCUGUUAAAACUGCUACAGAAGCUUUUGUAACCGAACAAACCACACAUGAGAACAUAAAUUAGUAAGAAAGUGUUGAGUUGCAGUGUGUGUGGUGAAAGAUUCUCUUCUAAGUACCAGUGUAAGAAACACAAGUGUGCUGGUGAGAACAGCAGCAGCAAAUGAAGAUGCAGGAUUUGAAAUACAUUCAAGAUUUUAUUAACUUUGACUUACUAACAACAUCAGCACAUAUAACAUGUGUGACAUAAUUAUUGUGUGUGUAACACAAUGUUGUUAAUAUGUUUCUAACAUUUAUAGAUUAGAUUAGGGCUUUUAUUUCAAUCAAGGGCCUGCCUUAAAGGCCUACUGAAAUGAAUUUGUUUUAUUUAAACGGGGAUAGCAGAUCCAUUCUAUGUGUCAUACUUGAUCAUUUCGCGAUA